UGUGUUGUUUCCCUCAAUUAUAAAUCAGCGUUUGUUGCCGCCGGAAGUAUCAUUUGAGCGUAUUCGUAAUCGUUUAUAUUCCUUCUUUAACUAAGUGUUCCAUUUUGUUAAAAAAGUCCUUGUUGACCAGAAUGGUUCGUCUUCAUGUCAAACGAGGUGACGAAAGUCAGUUUCUUUUCGACGCUUUCGUCAAUGAUUCGGUACAGAAAGUUACUCAAGAUAUUUGUGCCUUGUAUAAUGGCCGUUUGAAAAUCGACCGAAUUUGCUGUGAGAUUGAAGAGUUGGCUGAGCAUGGAACAACACUUCCUCAAGAAAUGCAGGGUUUAACUGAUGAGCAAAUAGAAGAGUUGAAACUGAAGGAUAUAUGGGGUGAAAAGUGCAUUCCAUCUGGAGGGUUUGAGUUCAAUAAGGAUGAAAUCGGUAGACGAAAUGGUAAAAGGCCUAUGCAACCAAUGCAAGAUGUCUUAAAGAAAGCCGUUACUGACGCCAAGGAUUUGAUCAAUAAGAAAUUGGUUACCACAAAUACACCAUUGACUUUGAAAACUGUUGAGGAAGCGAUGCAUAUUCUCAAGGGAGCUGUAACCAUUGUUUAUCCUAUGCAACUUCCACCUCAUGAUCCAAUACGCAUGGAGUUUACAAAUACUGAAGAUUUGGAUGGAACCCAGGCAUCAAAAGAAGUCAUCGAACCAUCCAAGGCAGUUCUGUGGUUUGCUGGUCAUGAAAUGCUUGGAGAUAAAUGCCUGAAGGAUUAUGUUGGAGCUAACGAUAAAACCAAAGUAAUAGUUAAAAUUUCAAGUCGUGGUCAAGGACCACCAGGACGAGAGCCUGUUCUCUCUGAAGAUGCCAGAAAGCAGCUAAUGUUGCAAGCAUAUCGUCGUCAGGAGCAGUUGAAGAAACUUGAGCAAGACGAUGACGACCAGUAUCUCAACUCCCCCUGGGCCGACAGCAGCAGUUUAAAACGUCAAGUUCACGGUGUAGAAAAUGUGAAAUUUCGCUUAGGAAUGUAAAAAAACUGUAUAAGGAUCGCUACUCCUGAAAAUAUUUCCAAAGAAAAUAUAAUGGACAAUGAAAAAAAUUAUAUAUAUAUUUUGCACAAUUUUUAGCGUAGUAUCAAACGAUAAUAUCUAAAAGAACAAUAAACACAACAUUCUCAUACUCUCAUCCUUCCCAGUCAUGUCCGACGUCAACAAAUCAUUGCAAAUUAAUUAAAUUUUGAUUUAUUACAAUUCACGCAAUUAGUAUACAUUCUCUUUAUGCAGAUAUUGAUGGUUUAUUUAUAGGAAAACAUGAGAAUCAAACAAGCUCUGUUCACUAUCCGUAAAAACGGUUCAAGACGAAAAAAUAAGACACAAAAACUCAAUUAGAUGCAAACUAUAUUCGUAUUGUUUGUGCAUAAAAAACACGAAAAGCAAUUUAAAGAAAUAUCAUUAUUUAAUACUCAGCAGAUAUUCUGUUUAUAAAUUAAUCUUUUGUACUUAUUUAUAUAUCCCAUAGAUAAUUGCUUGAAGAUGGAAACAAUAAGAAAUGAAUUUUAUGAACACUAAUUUAUGGAUUAGUUGAAAAUUGUGUGUUAAAAAUGUAAUGGGAAUGUUACAUUUGAACAAAAUAAAAAUAAAAUUGAAUAAUAAAAAAAUAAUAAAGUCUUUAUAUAGAUGAAUAAAAAUUCUAUUCUAAAUAGAAGUAACUACUAUCUGUGAUGAUAUGCAAUUUUUAAUAAAAUGGCGUGAAAAUUAAUUUUUACGGUCUCUGGUUGAAUUGUCUGCUUUAAUAAAUUCUAAGUUUUCACUCAAAAAAAUUUCUCAUAAUAUUCAAUUUGAAAAUUUAUAUUAUUAGGAAAAUGAAAAUAUGCUCCGCAUUUCUUAGGAUUUCUUAGCAAAAAAGCAAAUGUUUUCCAUGUCGAUGUUGUAAAGACAUACCUCAUUCAUAAAAUAAUUUUAAGCGAGACGGAAAAUGAGGAAGCAUUUUAGGAUUUUUUAAUGUCGAAAGGAAAUUAUGAGCAUGUUAUUAUAUAUUUAAUACCACCGCAAAUGCUUUGUCUUGAAUGAACUCUGUUCUCAGAAGCUAACUUUAUAAUACUACAAUGUUAUGUACGUAAAAUUUAAUAAAAAAAAAUUGUCCAGCUCAUUGAAAAAAUCCGUAUUAAACCCCUUGAUAGAUACAGUGUUAAUUGUAUCUUAAACAAAUUACUAUAACUGCUGGAAUGUUUGUUUUUUGGAUAAGGUUUCACGCUGAGACGAGUGGGGGCGAAGGACUUGAAAAAGAAAAUAUUUUUCAAAACUAAUUCAAGAUGGGUCUAACAUGGUUUCCAAGUAGUGACAAUAUUUGAUAGCCUCAAUUCCCAUCCUAGCUUUUUGGACAUGUUUAGCAGCAAGUACUCGUGCGUUAAAACUUAUUUUCAUAUAUGUAUCUACUGCUGAUUAUGGUUGUAUAGUAUCAGUACAAAUAAACACUAACCUUUUCAUAAGGUUUCAGAAGCUAAUAUCUCUCUGGUUGCAAGGUAGACAGAGGGCUAAUUGUUGACCUAAAUCUUCUUCUUCAGCUUUUUCCCAUUCAGAAACGAGGUCAACUCAUCUUGAUCGCUUGCACCAUUUUGUUCUGCCAAAGACCUGAUCCCGAUUCAUUCGCAAGGCUUUCAGACCACCAUCCAGCAUUUCAAGUUUUGGUCGACCAUUUGGUCUUUUCCAAUCGGCUUCAAUGUUCACACCAAUCUUGGCAAGUGAAUUCUCGUUAGUGCGAAUUAUCUGACCAUAUCACAGAAGACGCCUCACUAUUUUUCCACGAUUGAUGCAACCCAAUAUCGAACGCGAAUAUCCUCAUUUCAGACGUGAUCAUGGUCCAACGUUAAAUCUUCAUCUCCAUUACUGCGAGACACAGUUCAUUAACUUUUAUAGUCAGCCAAUACUCAGAACCAUAGAGGGCGACAGGGCAGACGAGGCUGCGGUGCAUUUUCAACGUGUGACGUUCGUCGGUACCUAAAUAAGGAUUAGGAACAAUCUUUUGUUUUUAUUUGUUUAUUUGAGGAGAGAUCCUCAGUCCGCAUCCAUUCAAUGAUGGAUUGGACCAAUUGAAGCGCACCUGCUUUUGAUUUUUUUUGUUCAUGGACAAGUAUUUUGGCAAAACACUCAUUUUUCUAAAAAGUGGCAGACAGUACCUCUACCCUGGGAAGGGCGUGAUUGAAAGUAGUCAACAACUGACGUUUGUCCCUAUUUAUCUACUCACAAACACAAUAUUAGUGCGAAAUAUUUCGCUAUUUUUAUAAAAAAUUGUGUCAUGUCAAAAUAGAGACCCUUUAAAGGUAAACAAUUGAAGAGAGUUGCUUUCCAAUUAGUUCAAUCCGCCCCUAACCAAUCUUAGGCCAACCCCAGGAUUUAUCCCCCCCUCCACUCAUGUUGUUUUAGGUAGAGUGGAUCCAGAAUUAAUCCAUAAUUAAUCUUCAUUAACACCUCCCUUCUGUUUCCCAACCUCAAAUGUAUAAUGUUCAGUGAAAAGUUAGUUGAUGUCUCGAGUAAAGUAUAUUUCACAAUAAAUUUGAAAAGCCAAAAAUAUACUUUGCCUUGGUUUUUGCUGGGAAGUGACUCUCCAGGGGAUUUUUCAAUCUUCAUACUUUCAGCUAUCAUAUUUUAUGACUUUUAUCCAUUUCACAAAUGUGACUUCUCCUUGGUGUCGCUCACCUAGACGAUGUCUCCUAUACGUUCAAUCUAAAAUCGCUGCAACUCUGCCUGCUUUAGGUACUGACCAGGACGUGCUUCCUCUGUCUGAUGUCAGUUGGUUGAUCCCAGAUGACGACUUACUACUACUACUACUUUCUGGUCCCACAUUCGCAACUCCCGCUGUCCUAGCCAGUUAUCCCCUUCGUCCAUUAAAUUCUCUGGCUUCUCAGCGAACUCCCACGAACUAUUUUGUGAUUUACUCUGCCGCUACUUUUCGUCAGUCUAUGUUCCCCUCCUUCCCCGAGUGCCUCCCAAUAAUGAAUGUAGCCUGCCCCGCAUCGUCUACGAUUCCCUUUCUUACCUCUAUCCUUAUCGAGUACCUCACUAGCAAACUUGAUGCCAAUGUCGGACCUGGCUACGGUGGUCUCCCAAACCUCUUUUUGCUCAAAACUGAUAAGUCCAUCUCUCUUCCCCCAUCUCUUAUUUUCAACAAAAGCCUCAA